CUCGCGGCCGCACGCGACGCUACGAGCCCGAGUGCCACGACGCUGCGCGCGUGUCGGUGUGCCGCCGCCAUGGGCGCGCGCCUCGUGCUCCUGCCGGCGCUGCUGCCUCUGCUGAGGCUGGCGACGCUCGCCGGCGCUGCCGCAGCAGGCGACUGCGACGUGCCGCCUCAGCUCGCGGAGCCGGUGGGCGAGGUGGUGGAGUGCGGCGUGAACAAGUCGGCGCGAGCGCUCAUCCUGCACCAGCACAACGCCAAGCGCGACAAGAAAUGGGACGAUGAGUUGGCAAAUCGCGCGCAGCGCUGGGCAGAUCGGCGCGUCUUCCAACACAAUCCCUGCAAAAGUUCUAAAAAGUAUCCUUUAGUUGGAGAGAACUUAGCAAUGCAGCUUUCUUUCGGGAAACCUCCUGAAUUAUUUGGUUGGGAAAAAGCUGUUAGUGAUUGGUACAAUGAAGUAGAGGAUUGGUCCAAGUCGUUGGUAAACAAAUAUAGGUUCUCCGCGAGCACGGGCCACUACACCCAGCUGGUAUGGGCCAACACGACGAAGGUCGGGUGCGGCUUCUGCUCGUUCACGGACGGCAAGUUCACGUCGCACCUGUUCGUGUGCAACUACGCGCCGGGCGGCAACGUGGUCGGGACGCCCGUGUACGCCGAGGGCGCGCCGCGCGCCGCCUGCCGCCGCGGCCGCAAGAACCGCCGCUACCCCGCGCUCUGCCUCUGACGGCAGCCCACAACGGCACACCACACCACUCCAGCAUCAUCAGUAUUAUAAGAAUGUGAAAAAUUGGUGGUGUUCUCGCAAAGGGAUUUAAGUCACUUUUGGUCAACGUGGAGUUGCGUUUUCAGGGAGUAAUUUCUUUCAAAAUCCAUAAUCUAUUUGACUUAAUAAAUAUUAAUAAGUAGUGUAUUUAAUGUUUCUGAAAUAUUAUCUGCUUUGAAAUGAUUAAACCAACUUUUUCUUCACCUUUUCCUCAAACUCACUUGUAUGACUUAACUCCCUGUACCGGAACACCAGCGACUAUAAUGCAGUAAAUGUUAACUAUAAUCAUUCAUUAUGUAGUGUGUAUUAUACAAUUGUCAUUAUGUAAUGUAAUGUGUAUUAUGUAUCGGCAAUCAUUAUACAAUGUACUGUGUAUUACUUCAAUCAAUUGUAUUUAUGCAUUGUAUUACACUGUAACACAUACAUUAGUAGUCAGUAGCUGUCAGUAGAGAUAUUCGUAAUCAUAAUGAUUGUACAAACACUUUUCAGAGUCAAACAAAAUCACUCAAAUUUAAACUUAUUAGAUAUAUUUUUUAAUUUUUUAUUGGCAAUCGCAGUAAAGUAGGAUUUUAGCUUCAACAUGAAUACAUAUGAAACAGAACAGAAUAUGUGUCUGCGCAUUUGCUCUGCUUACACUGUGAUUGUCGUGACUGCAAUAUUUUUAUGAAGAUUUCAUAAUAUUAUGUUCAAAUAUUUCAGGCUUGGCAAAUGUCUUGUUAAUUAUAGAUUCCUAUAGAUUUAUAGGUUUCUAUAGAGCUAUAGAUUUGACGCACCACGAACCAUUUAACCAUACUAAUUCAGUUUCAUAUGUUCUUCAAAUGAAUUUCUAUUAUUUACAAAUUGUGUUUGGUUCUAAACCAAAAAACUGUCAUUUAUUAAUGUCAACAUCUAUUUAUUUAUCAAAGAGAAGUUCUCUGUUGAAAUGAGUUUGUAUCAGGAGAAUUAAUCAUGCGAUGUGGAUACUACAUACGUACUCUAGAUUAUGACGUAAUGUAGAGAAGGUGUCUCUCAAUUCAUACUAUUUUCUCUUUACAUUUAUUGAACACUAUACGUAAAGCAAUGAUUCUCUAAUGCCAUGUAUUAAUAAUGUAUUUAAAAAUUUAAAUAUAAUUAUAAUUAAUUAACAAUGUUCUUUUACCGCCUAUUACUAAUAUAAAUCAAUUCUCUUCUCUAUUUAAAAAAAUCUUGAAAAUGUCAUUUUUAUAUGUACUAAAAGUCCCAAAAUUUGAAUAAUUCCAGAAGCUUACUGAUUUUGAACGUCCUAUUCAUGAGAAUUAUUUUCCCUGACCAAAUGCGGAUAGGGUUGAUAAUUAAAUUUAACGUUAUUUUCAUUUUCAUUUACAUUAUUAUUAUUAUUAUUAUUAUUUUCCAGUAAGGUAAUUUCAAUAUGAUUCUAGGUGUGUGAAAUAAAUUAGACCAUUUCUCAAUUCUACGGAAAUAUGCAUUGCUCUAGGGAUAAUUAUUAAAUUUCUAAUUACUAUGUUUGAUUCAAAAUAUUUAAUCAAUAAUAAUGGAAUCAAUGUGUUUUAAAGGUAGAAAACAAUUACACUCACAUAUCGGUGGUACAUAUAUUCCGGACUUAUGCAUCUUGGCAUGAUUGUUUGUUGAUAUCUACCGAACAUUUAACUACAAAAUUCUAAUUUUUGGGGGGUAGUCGGGGGG